CUGCGUUUGUGGACGCGUCACAAUCCCACAGGAAAACGCUUUGUUAGCCUCCUAACGUUAGCCUGCUACCGGUUAGAGUGCUAGCAUAGCAUAACGGAUCCAGCUAACAGAGUAUUUAGCCUGUCAGUGAGCAUCCUCUUAAAUGGAGGGAUAAACCCUUGUCCUCCUGCCCUUUCAGUUUGCCAACAUCAGCUGCCCUCUGUGGGAGCUAGCUUGGUUUAAAAAGGGAAAACACAUUAGUGAGUGAUGACAUAAAUCCGGCUAGCUAGUUGCUAACUGCUAGUCCUGUAUUUUAUUUUUACAGGUUUCCAUGGGAACGUAAUUUAAGCGUUAUACAUGUACCUCUCUCUCAUGUUGAGCAUUUUAAAAACCCAAACGACUUCCAUUUCUCUUAUUCAAAAUGCAUUUAACAGCUCCAGUGUCUCACCUGUGUGUAUAUAUAACUUUAUUUAACCAGUAAAGUUUACUAAACCUGUUUAACUUGAGACUCCUGGCAAAGACAGCAGCACCACACAGGACACAGAGGUUAUAAAACACAGUUAUAAUGCAUUACAUUAAAAUUACUAUGUAUGUUAUUUGAAUGAUGCAGUUCUCUCCCGCGCCCCUGGUUUUUCUGGUGUUUACUUUAGUUUCAUGCAUAACACCUUGUUUGUGUAGGUUGUUAGUUUUGGAUCCUGUUUUUGGGUUUGGUUUUCUUAUCUCUUUUUAUGUUUGUUUUUUGAGUGUUUGUGUUAAGGCGUGGGUUGUUCCUGACAAAAUAAUACCUAACCAAACUUAACUUCUAUAUAUGCUCUCAUUUAUAAAGCAGCAAACAGUCCCAGUAUUUCACCUACCCAUUGCAGCCAUUUUAUGUUACAAGUGAAGUGAUCAAGACAGAAGUUGAUAAUAGAGCUUUAAAGACUAAUGGAUUAGGCGUCAACUAUUGGGCUAACUUAUUCGCCAGCUGAUUUUAUUGUUGAAUAAUUGUUGUGAGUAUUUUUUUUUUAAGAAAAUGAAAGCCAAAAUUAUUUGAUACCAGCUUCCUAAAUUUGAAUAUGUUCUGUUUUUCCACUCCUCUUUGACAGUUAACUUGAAUAUUUUUUGGUUGUGGACAUAACAAGACAAUUGAGGACGACAUUUAAGCCUUUGUGACACACUGGUCAAUUAAUGGGUUAAUUGAAAAUAUAAUUCACAGAUCAUUUAACAAUGAAAAUAAUUACUUUUGGGUUUCGGACUGUUAAUUGGUCAACACCAGCAAUUUGAAUAAAUCACGUAAGGGCAAUUUUUCAGUAUUAUCUGACAUUUUAAAAUGCUUAAUUGCGAAAAAACAGUUUGUAACUGCCACUCUGUUUUGCAUACAGUUUAAGUUAACAGUUGAGUUGUCAACAAACUGAGUUGUCCUGCUACAUAUACUGUAAUAUUACGGCUCCACCUCUCCAAGCCCCCCUGACAUCCUUGUAUCUACGCAAGCAAGACAACAAUAAUAUUUUUAUGACACAUGUCAUUUAAAAACAACUGAAAUAACCUUUCUCUCUGAUGAGAACUGUCUGAGACCCUGCACCCAGUAACCUCUCAUCUAGUUUUGAAACUUGCUUGAAGUCUUUGAGACUUCUUGUUCCACUCCAGUGAGGGUGGGCCCGACCAUCUGCAUGGUCUCACCUCCUAGUACAAACGUCACAGCAGAAGAAGAGACGUCCCCCUCACCCCACCAGACCCUCGACCGGCCAACUAUAGUUCUAUUAUAGUUCAAGCAAAGGCUAAUUGUUGGUCACUUACAAAGGAUUGCACAGUCCAAGUCUCUGGACGGUAAUGCUGUCUCUUUCUACUAAGAGAAGAUGGCACUGGUUAUGGUUUGUGCGUUCCUGAGCCUGUCUUGUUGGGUCUCUCUCUACUUUAUCUUGUGUAACCUUAACGGGUCCAGGAGCUCCGAGUGGAACUGUCGACUUGUCACCCUGGCACACGGCAUCUUGGCAGUCUGCAUCACAGGAUACAUAGGCUAUGUGGAUGGACCCUGGCCUUUCACUUAUCCAGGCACUAAGAACACUCCUCUGCAGAUAGGUGCCAUGGUGGUGAGCCUGGGCUACUUUAUCUUUGAUAUGGCCUGGUGUGUGUACUUCCGCACAGAGGGACCCGUUAUGCUGGCCCACCACACCAUGAGCAUCUUGGGAAUCCUGUUGACCCUGUGGUUGGGGGAGUCUGGCAUCGAGUCCUGCGCGGUACUCUUUGGCAGCGAAAUCACCAACCCCCUCCUGCAGGCACGCUGGUUCCUCAAACAGACAGGACAUUACGGGACGCUGCUGGGGGACGUUGUGGACGUCCUGUUUGUGCUGCUGUUUGUGUUGAUGCGAGUCUUUGUGGGAGGCACAAUGCUGUACUGUGAGCUGAUCUCCCCAAGACCCAGAUUCUUUAUCAAGUGUGGGGGAGUGGCUAUGUACGCUCUAUCCUGGGUGUUUAUGGUGGACAUUGUUCGAUUUGCCAUUCGGAAGAGCAAGAGCUGGCAGAAACAGAAGAGGGACCAGCAAGAGAUAGUGGCAGCUAAUGGUCAUGACGGGAAGAAGGACUGAUCGGCUUGUGCUUCUCUAAAGGAAAUCUGUGUCUGUGUUUUUCACUUUGGACGCACAAGGGAAAGUGCAAAGAAAAUCAACUUUUUGUAUGUUAAACAGAUUUAAAAAGGGAUAUUUCAGAGUGAUGUCUCGUGACAUCUGUAAGGUCUAACACCUGUGCAUUUUUGGAAGAAAGAAAAAACAUUUUUUAUGCAGUUAUUGCAGCUGAACAUGUGUUUGAUUACUGAGUAAAAUGUGCAGUUAACAACACAGAUGUAGUUUAUGUCACUGAAAACCAAAGCACUUUCUAUAAACACAUGAGCAGAUGUUGCUUUCAGUUGCAGUGAACUGUGGCCUAGUCAUAUGUGGUGGUGUUGCUUCAAAGGAGAGCUCGAUGUUAGGAAAGAGACAGUUUACAUGUAAUGCCUGUCCUGCUUGAGAAAUUUUUGUAGUCAUUUCAGAACAAGUUAGGAGUGGUUUCCUUGGAACCCUGUUUUUUUGUCUUUUUUUCGGUGCAUGGGAAACUUUAAGCAGAUGUGAAAGGUGUACUCAGGGAGAUGAAGUCAUACCAGAAAGUUCCAGAGAAAUGUGUGUGAUGUGUUUGAUUACUUUGUUAGAUUUAGUUUAUCAUUCCUAUAAGCUUUUGCCUGCUGUGUGAAAUCCUGUCGCAGAGCCUGCCCAAAAAACAUUUCAGUUAUUUUACUCACUUCAUGUAAAGUGAUACACAGAAAGGAACCACUAAAUUACAUAGUUCUACACUGGUAAUGCUAUUUUGCAGUCCAUCUGGAUAUUUAUAUUAAUGAUGAAUAUCUUGAAAUGUUUAAUGAAAUGGUGUCAGAGUUUGUACUUAUUAUAUUAAGUUAUCUUAAGUGUUUCCUCUCAGACGAUUUGCACUCUGUGCUGAUAGCUCCCAGUUAAUUUAAUUUAAUAGAGUCAUGUUUCAGUCUCACUGAGAUCUUGUUAGACAUGACAAUCAAAUGCAAUUUAUUGUGAGCUAUCUGACUUCCUCUUCAGUUCUUUUUUUUGUAUCCACCUUUAAAUCCUAGGGCAAAAUGAAAACCUAUGCAAUCAUGCAUUCAUUUUUUGUUUCUAGCCCCUAGAGUUUUACGCCGAGUUUCAGAGGUCACGUGUGUAGGAUUUAGGGGGAUAUAUUGGCAGAAGUGGAAUAUAAUAUAAUAAGUAUGUUUUCUUUAGCGUAUUAUCACCUGAAAAUAAGAAUUGUUUUUUCAUUUUGUUCAUUUACCUUAGAAAGAGCUGCUCUUAUCUACAUAGGGAGCAGGUGCUUGUUGACAGAGAUCUCCAUGUUGCACCGCCAUAUUUCUACAGGAGCCCAAAAUGGACAAACCAAACACUGGCUCCAGACAGGGCCAUUCACUUUUUCGCAUCUGCCUUUGUGGUUAGCGCCCCCUCUGUGAUGAAUUGAAUGGAUUUGGAAGCGAUGUGACCUAAGUUGCGUGGCACAUAUCCGAAGAUCUCUCACAAAAUAGUGCAGACUUUUCUGGAGAUUCUCUACUGCACGCCAGUCUUUCACGUUUGCCAGCGUCAUGACUUGCCAUCAGUAAUUUGAGUUUCAUUUUAGGCAAACUCUUUGCGUGAAAAUGUUGACAGUAGUUUUUUUCCCUCUUCUUCUGAUAUUUUUUAGGUAGAUUUAAGGUGACAGUAGUCCCAGAGUUUUACAUUUUUAUUUAAUUUUAAUUUUAUUGCAUUUAUUUUAAAAAGCAAGGAUUCAAAAGUACCACCUGGUCUGUUUGUUUUGGAGAGGAAGAGACCUGUAGAUAAUUCGGCCCCUGGUAAAAACCUCCUGAACAACGAACACUGAAGGAUUACUACCCAGGAGUUAAUGCGUGGCACAGAGGAGAAGUUUCAGCUAGUUGCAGGCUGCAGUCCUCACCAAUAGAUGUCACUAAAUCCUACACACUGCUCCUUAAACACAAGGCAGUGACACUAUAGUUAGUUGUCAUUUAGCGACUGUCAGUGAAAUCAUUUCAACAUGAUAUAAUCAUAUCGGGUUAUUGUUAUUGCCAAAUUCUGCUUCGUUCAUCCCAAACACACUAACAUACAAAAAUAGUGAUUUAAAUUUUUCGAUUGAUGUGUGUAAAGAGUUUUGACAGUUUUAGUAUUUAAUGUGUGAUUUUGCCUACAUUUGCUAUAAUGUCAUAUUAAUUACCAGAAAAAAAUAUAUUCAUCUCAAUAUUGUGAUGUUGAUUCCAACCACACUGAACACAUACGUGCAUAAAGACAGGUAGAGUGUCAUGCAUAGAGAAUAUUAUAUUACAAUUUAGCCUGCUCCAUGACUGGAUUUGUUUCAUGCCUUGAAGCUUACCGCACUUCCAGGUUUCAUCCUCAUGCUCAGACUUGAUAUCUGUGUUUUUAUUAUUAUGAUAUAUCUUUUUUUUUUUUUUUUUAUUGUACUGCACAUGGAUGUCUUCAGUAAUGUGCUCAAAAACCUGCCAUCCCUUUGUUUCCCUAUUUAUAUUUGAUUGACAUUUGAUGUGUUGUGCUCAUACAAAGUCUGUUUACAUGGCUGCCAUUGUUGAGAAUCAUGUUAGCAUCACUGUUGUCUUCAAGAAGGUAAAAAUCUAACUGGUGUGUGCCUUAGUUAUCUGAAUGUACUUUCCUAAUUUUUCGUUUGUUUUUUGUCCCGUGCUGUACUGUAAACCCUCCAACGUAAGGACGUAAUGACGAACCGUUUUCAGUCGCGGAUGGAUUGUUUGUAUGCUUUCAAAUAAAUUUUAAUCAAUGAAAUUUCAACUAAAACUAAAGGAUGAGCUGCAGUUGCAUCAUUAAAUGCCACAAGUACUGUGAUGUAAUAUAGGACUGAGACUGAAGUUACCUCAACUGUCCACAUGAUGGUGUCAUAUCAAUUAUAUAUGAAUGAUCAGUGAGGAGACAUGAGUCAUUUGGCAGUGCUUGUAUGAAGACAAUAAAAGGAUGAAAGAAAAUAUGUCAUUGACAACUGAAAAUAGUGUCACAUUCUACUUGAGUUGAUCACAGUUGGCCAGUUUAACUUU